AUGACUUCUUCUGCCGAGCUUCAUGACACCAAUGACGGCAUCUUGCGCCCACGACCGCGCAAGCCUGUCCAUUCACAACUAUCACAUCUGACAACCCUCGCUGGAGGGAGCAAUGGCUAUCUGGACUCUCCUGAUGCGGGCACCUUGACAGGCCAGACGAGUGGCCGCUCGACUCCUAUACCGGCCGAUGCCCUCCCCUCUGUCAAAUCACUCUCGUCUGCUCGCAAGCAGGUUCGCGCCGAGCAGCGACGUCGGAUCUUCCCGACCAUCGAGUUCGCGACCCGGGUGUCGCACUUGGAUCCAAACUCCGACUACCGUGACUUCCAUGGCUUCUUCAACCUCUUCUGGAUCGGCCUGGCCAUCAUGGCCAUUACUUCCAUGCUGCGAAACAUCAAAGACACGGGAUACCCAAUGCGUGUGCAGAUAUGGACACUCUUCACUGUGAAGCUGUGGCACUUAGGCCUGGUCGACUUCGCCAUGGUCGCAAGCGCCUCGGGGUCCCUGCCUCUUCAGAGACAUGUCAGGAAGGCCAAGGCUCGAAGCGGCGGAACGUGGGCCAAGGGUGGGAUGGCGGUUCAGAGUGUCUACCAGGUAGUGUGGCUGUCCAUUUGGAUCGCCGUGCCGUUCUUGCUCCAGUGGCCUUGGACGUCACAGGUGUUCCUGCUGCUGCACACCAUGGUGAUACUGAUGAAGAUGCACUCGUACGCCUUCUACAACGGACACCUGAGCGAGACGGAGAAGCGUCUCCAGGAGCUCGACAACCCUUCCACUGCGUCACGUGCCCCGGCAUACCUCUACCCGACCGCCGAGAACCCAGGCGGCACGCUUGUCAGCCCGACGCGGACGAAACAGGGGGACGAGGACGAGGACGAAAAGACCGGCAACGGGGACGAUCAGGAGGUCUUGCAGCUGCGUGAGGACCUGGCGCGGGAGCUGACAAGCCCCAUGGGCAACAUCGCAUACCCAAAGAACCUGACCUGGUCCAACUGGGUGGACUUCCUCUUCUGCCCGACCCUGUGCUACGAGAUCGAGUACCCGCGCAUCGAGCGCAUCAACUGGCAGAACCUCAUCUCCAAGAUCAUCGCUGUGUUUGGGUGUAUCUUCCUCCUAACUAUCAUCUCCGAGGAUUUCAUCCUCCCCAUCCUCCAGAGCUCCUCUGUGCGGCUGCAUGAGGCCAUCAGCGCCUCCGAGAUCCUCCUAGUGCUCUUCGAGACCGUCUCGUGGCUGCUGUUCCCCUUCAUGCUGACUUUUUUGCUCGUGUUUCUGGUCAUCUUCGAGUACGUCCUCGGCUCCUUCGCCGAGAUCACGCGCUUCGCCGACCGCCACUUCUACAGCGACUGGUGGAACAGCACCGACUGGAUGGAGUUCAGUCGCGAGUGGAACGUGCCCGUCUACAGCUUCCUGCGGCGCCACGUCUACAGUGCCUCGCGUCCGCACAUCGGCCGGAGCUACGCCACCGUUAUCACCUUCCUAGUCUCCGCCAUCGGCCAUGAGAUCGUCAUGGCCUGCAUCACCAAGAAGCUCCGCGGCUACGGCUUUGUCUGCCAGAUGCUGCAGCUUCCUAUCGUGAUGCUGCAGCGCACCAAGUGGGUUCGCGGCAAGGAGACGCUGAAUAAUGUCUGCUUUUGGUGUUCGAUGAUCUUGGGCUUGAGCAUGAUCUGUUCACUCUACGUGCUUGUAUAA